AUGGGUGCUUAUUCUAUUCUCGGUAAAUCUGUUGCAUCUCAUCAAUUAGCUUUGGCUACUUUAGGAUCUGUUGUUUUGGUUGUUGCACCAAAGCCAUGGGGUCCACCAGCACCAAAUCACCCUCAAAUUAAUGCCUCCUCCAAGGAAGAAGAAAAAUUUGUCCAAGAGUGGUUAGCCAAGCACUCAGCAGAAGAAAAACAUUAG